AUGAAGCCGGUCACUUUUCUCGUCUCCGCCCUUGCCACCCUGGCUGUUGCUGCCCCUGCGGCUCCCGUCACGGACCUUGAGGCUCGCUCGUUCAACUUUGACAUCAAUGCCCUGAAUGGUCUCCAGAACUUCCAGCAGGUCAACCUGAACUACCUGCUCAACAUCAACUCCCUGCAGUUGGGGCUCCUUGGCAACCUGGCCAGCAUCAACAACUUCAACGUUCUCCAGUUCCAGGGCCUGUUCCAGCAGCAGUCGUUCGAUAUCGCAGCCCUGCUCCAGCUCCAGUCGCUGCAGACCUUCCUCCAGAUCCACCAGCUCGGUGUUCUCAGCGGCUUCGAUCUUGCCUCGCUCCAGCUCCAGCAGCUCAACCUUGGUCUCCUUAACAACGUCGGUGUGCUCGACCUCCAGCAAUUUAUCUCUCCCAACGUUGUCGGCCAGGUCCAGACGGUAGCAUCUCAACCCGGCACUUUCUUUGGUCCCAACAUCCCUACCCCGGGCGCCAGUGUCAACGUGCCUGCGCCCGCUCCCGCGCCCGUCCCUCAGCCGUCCCCUGAGCCAGCUCCUGCGCCUGCUCCUGCGCCUAGCGUAGAUGAGGGUAGCAGCGACACUCCGAACGUGGUCACUGCGGAUGAGCAGGAGGCUCAAGAGGGACGUGGUUCUGCAAACUAG